CCUGUCUAUACAUUCUACAAGAGUACCGAGUUAGAUAUUUCACUUCCGCCAACGACAAGUUAGUUAUCAACAAAGCUCCGGAUGUUCCUUUAGAUAACAUUGAUCUUAAGAUUAAAUAUUAGCUAGUUUCUGUACUAACCUGAAAAGGUUUGUCAUGUAUUUUGUAUGGUUGAUGUUUUAUAAUAUUCCCCCAUAAUUUUAAAGUUGGUGUUAUAUUGCAUUUAAAAUGCAUUUAAUCUUUCUCGGAACUGCUUCCUGCUAUCCCACCAAACAUCGUGGUGUGUCCUGUACAGCUGUUAAAUUCAGUGAUGGCGAUGUUUGGAUAUUUGAUUGUGGAGAAGGAUCUCAAAUUCAAAUUCAAAAGAGUUCACUUCACAGUGGGAAGGUGAAAAAGAUUUUCAUUACUCAUUUACAUGGAGAUCAUUUGUUUGGUCUUCCAGGGUUUAUGUGUGCCAUUGGUUGUUUUGAGAGAGCAGAUGAAUUUGUUUUGGAAUUGUAUGGACCAUUAGGUCUUCGCCGGUAUGUAAGGGAAUCUCUUAACUUGUCAAGAUCACCAUUAAAUUAUAAAUAUGUUGUUCAUGAGUUGAUACCUUUAGAUUGGCAAUAUCCAGAAGAUAUAAAGGACUGGAAAAUUAACGAAGAAGGAGACAAUGUGCUGCUUCAUCCUCAAGAAAUUGUUGGAAGACAAAUAACAAAUUCUGAAAAUAUAUGGACUUUGUUCCAAGACAAUCAUGCAACUGUAAAUGCUGGAGCUUUGGUUCAUCGAAUUCCAAGUUUUGGGUUUUCACUUCAACAGAAUCCAAUUAGUGGAAGUUUAAAAGCAGACUUGUUAUUGAAAAUGGGUUUGAAGCCUGGACCUUUAUAUGGGAAAUUAAAACAAGGUGAAUCUGUGAUAUUGGAGAAUGGGCAAAAAGUAUCCUUUUUAGCCAUUCUUGAACAUUUUAUAAAUCCUGAAGAUGUUAUGGAUCCUUCAACACCAGGGUUGAAAGUAGCUAUCCUUGGAGAUACCUGUGAUUCUAGUGGUAUGAUAGAUAUAGCCUUAGAAUGUGAUUAUAUAGUUCAUGAAGCUACAUUAGAGGAUGCUAUGAAAGAAAAAGCAAUUGGAAAUGGUCAUUCAACUCCUUCUAUGGCAGCUGCAUUUGCUGAACAAAUUAAAGCAAAACAUUUGGUCCUUUAUCAUUUCAGUCAGCGCUAUAAAACUCAUGAUGAUGAACCAUCAUUAAAAAUUUUAUACAAUGAAGCAGUGGCAGCGUUCGAGAAGUUAGGUCAUGAUUGUCAAGUCACUAUCGCUGAAGAUUUUAUGGAACUAGCACUUAAACAAAAUAAGAAAACAAACAGUUCUUAGUUUUCCUACAUUUUAAAAAAAUUAUGUGCUGCUUAUAUUUUAU